GGCUUCUCCGCCGACGCAGAGCCUCUCUCACCUCUCACUCACCACUCACCACCGGCUCUACCACCAUGGACAUCGACGACAUUCUCGCCUCCGUCGAUCGCCCGGACGCUUCCAACCCAGAGUCCGCGACACUAGACCACCAAUUACUGACGCGCUUCUGGGUCGCCGAGCGCGGCGUGUCGGAGCUCCUCCCAUGGCCGGCUGCUCUAAUGGAGCGCAUGAUGGACCGCGUCAGGAACCAGAUAACCCAAAUCGAAGACCUCGCCGCCUCCUCCACCGACCCCACCACCGCCCUAAACGCCGCAACCACAAACCUCACCCUCUCGAUCCUGCAAACCGACCUCUCCCGAACCCAAUACCUCAUCCGCUCCCUCCUCCGCCAACGUCUCUCAAAACUCACCUCCCACAGCAUGCACUACCUUCUUCUCAUCUCCCGCCAAUCUCAACUUCACCCGCCCUCCCAAUCCCAAGAUACCCAACAACAACAACAGCCAGAGGACUCAAUUCCUCCUCCCCCAGACACGGACGUUGAAGAUCCAUCGCCGUUGUCGAAAGAAGAGGUGUCGUUUCUGCACGCCCAUCAGACAUUAUUGGCGGGACAUUACGGGGCGUCGUUUUUGGGCUCGUUUCCGCCGCAGUUGAGACGGUUGGAUGAUAAUGCGGGAGGUAUUAGUAUGGUGCAGGGGCCGGAGGGGAAGGAGGUCGUUUUUGUGAGGUGUUUGGGGGAGGAGGUUAGGGUUGUGGUGCCUCCUGGGGAUGGAGUUGAGAGGGAGACGCUUGGGAAGACGAUGAGGAUGGGGGAUGUUUGGGCGGUUAGGUGGGAGGGGUUAGGGGGCUUGGGGGAGGGGGAGGUGGAGGUUCUUUAG